CAAUUUUUAUAUUUUAAUGCUUAAUUUCAAUUUUUCCCCGUGUUUAGGCAGCAAAGCAAAAGUCUAGCAACUCUCAUAGUCAGCUGUCAAAGUCAUUCGGUUUUUGAGGUUUUAUUUGUGGAAAAAUCUAAGUCAAAAUGCAACCACAGAUCCUCGUAUUAAAGGAAGGGACGGACCAGUCUCAAGGCAAGCCACAGCUCAUCUCCAACAUCAAUGCCUGCCAACUUGUAGUAGAUGCCGUCCGCACAACCCUGGGCCCUCGUGGCAUGGACAAGCUGAUCGUAGACCACAACGGCAAGGCGGUGAUCUCCAAUGACGGAGCUACCAUCAUGAAACUCCUGGAUAUUGUGCAUCCGGCUGCAAAAACCCUGGUGGAUAUUGCUAAGUCGCAGGAUGCUGAGGUCGGUGAUGGUACCACGUCUGUGGUCAUCCUGGCUGGAGAGCUUCUGAAGAGGCUGAAGCCGUUUGUUGAAGAAGGUGUACAUCCACGUAUUAUAAUUAAGGCUAUAAGGGUGGCUGCCAAACUUGCAGUGGAUCGCGUCAGGGAAUUAGCUGUGAAAAUUGAUAAUACGUCGCCUGAGAAACAGAGGGAACUUCUGACCAAGUGUGCAGCCACCGCCAUGUCUUCGAAGCUGAUUCACCAGCAGAAAGACCACUUCUCCAAGAUGGUGGUUGACGCUGUACUGUCCUUAGACGCUCCACUAUUGCCUUUGGAUAUGAUCGGUAUCAAAAAAAUCUCCGGUGGUGCUCUCGAAGACUCGUUCAUGGUAGCCGGAGUGGCCUUCAAGAAGACAUUCUCGUACGCUGGCUUCGAGAUGCAGCCCAAGAGCUAUGAGAAUUGCAAGAUAGCCCUGCUGAACAUCGAGCUUGAACUUAAAGCGGAGAGGGAUAAUGCUGAGGUCCGAGUAGACAACGUAUCAGAAUACCAGAAGGUAGUCGACGCUGAAUGGCAGAUCCUGUACGAGAAGCUGCAAGCUCUUCACGCGAGCGGAGCCAACGUGGUGCUGAGCAAGCUGCCCAUAGGAGACGUGGCCACACAGUACUUUGCUGACCGUGACAUGUUCUGCGCCGGUCGCGUCCCUGAAGAGGACAUGCGUCGCACCCAACGUGCCUGCGGGGGCGCAGUCCUCAGCUCUGUGCGCGACCUGCAGCCCUCCGCCCUCGGCACCGCCGCCGCUUUCUCCGAGCGCCAGGUCGGCGGCGAGCGAUACAACAUGUUCACUGGAUGUCCGGCAGCGAAGACAUGCACCCUGCUGCUCCGCGGCGGUGCUGAGCAGUUCCUGGAGGAGACGGAGCGGUCGCUGCACGACGCCAUCAUGAUCGUGCGCCGGACCAUCAAGAACGACGCCGUCGUCGCUGGUGGUGGCGCCAUUGACAUGGAAAUCUCUAAACACCUCCGCGAGUACGCCAAGAGCGUCGCCGGGAAGGAACAGCUCCUGGUGGCAGCAGUGGCUCGCGCCUUCGAGGCGGUUCCUCGUCAGCUGUGUGAUAACGCCGGCUUCGAUGCCACCAACCUGCUUAACAAGCUGAGGAAUAAGCAUCAUAAUGGCGAGGUGUGGUACGGCAUCGACAUCCAGAAGGAGGACAUCGGCGACAACUUCUUGUCGUGCGUGUGGGAGCCCGCCGUCGUCAAGAUCAACGCCAUCACCGCCGCAUGCGAGGCCGCUGCACAGAUCCUGUCCGUAGACGAAACGAUAAAGAACGUCAAAAGCGGAGACAUGCCGAUGGCCGGAGCCCCGGGACGCGGCAUGGGCCGGCCUCGCAUGGGAUAGACCAUGCAUACAUAUACAUGCAAGCCUUACUCACAUACUCUUAGCUUAACGUGAACUAUUAUAGCUGUUACUGCGUCAGAAAAUAAUAGUUAUUUGUUACUAGCUUCUGCCAGCGGUUUCCCCCGCAUCCCGUGCGAACUACUUCCCGUACCGGGAUAAAAAGAAGCCUACAGCCUUCCUCGAAAAAUGGGCUAUCUAACACCGAAAGAAAUUUUCAAAUCGGACCAGUAGUUCCUGAGAUUAGCGCGUUCAAACAAACAAACUCUUCAGAUUAUAAUCUAUAAAAUAAAAAUGAAUCGCAAAAUGUGUUGGUAAGCGCAUAACUCAACAACGCCUGGACCAAUUUGGCUAAUUCUUUUUUUUGUUGUGUUUGUUAUUCACAGUCAGGAGAAGUUUCUUAUGAAAAAUAGGAUAAAGUUGAGAAGUCAGUUGACGGGAGCGAAGCCGCGGGCAAAAGCUAGUAUUAGUAUAGAUACAAGAGUGCAAAGUUGCUUGUUAACCGCGGGCUCAAUUUUGAUGGCCGAGCAAGCGAAGGUUUGACUGAGCGAUAGCGAGGGAAUCAAAAGAGCACAAGGUGAAAAAUCUUUGCACUCGAGUGCAACACGUAACUUUUCAUCCCACCUCAUCGAGGAAAUUUCUAAAUUCAAAAAAAGAAAAUGGCGCGCACGUCACACAUGGCAAAUUAGAAAAAGAUGUACCUAUUAAAAUUUAUUUAUGCAAAAACUCAGUUUAAAAAUGUAAUGUGGUUUAAAAUCGACCUCAAAACAAUAAAAAAUUGUGAUUUCAUCCCACAUAAAAAAAUUCCUAAGGUCAAUAAAGUUUGGCAAAUACUUAUAUCUGUCCGAAAUUUACCAACUAGUAAAUGGGUAUAUCAAUCAUCAACUUCCAGACUACGGGCUGCUUUGUGAAAGUUUCUAAAACCCUUUAAAUUCAUCCUAAUCGAAGAACCGGGAAGUGGGUCAAAUUAAGAUUCCAACAUUUUCAUACAUACAGUUACAAGUGAAGCUUAAGCAUGUUAAUAAAUGGUUAUUUUUGCAUUUAUAUACUACUAAGGUAUAAUAUUUUAAUUUUGUGUGUUCACAAAGCGACAUACAGCUAUAAUAUUGAACGUUAAAGCUAUAUUUCUGUCACUUCACGCUUAGUACUAAGUUAUUAUAGUAUUAUCUAUUAAUUAUAUUAAUAAACUAUUAAUACCAA